GUCACUCAGCGCCCCCUGAAGAUGCCCUCAGGGGUCUGUCCCCCGUCUGUUUUCCACUCUUUUUAAAUUUUAGCCAAACGCGCUGAUUUCUUUCUUCCUCCACUUUUCCAUGGAUUUCUUCAGCGAGUCGCUGGAAAACUCGUCCGCGUUUGUCUUUAACUCCUCGCCACAUCUCACAGAUAACAGCACAUCUCAGUAUGACGUCAUCAUUUUGCCCAGCAUCUUUGGCAUCAUCUGCUUCUUGGGCAUUGUUGGCAACUGCCUCGUCAUCUACACCAUCGUGAAGAGGACCAAAUGCAGUGCCAAGCAGACCGUCCCAGACAUCUUCAUCUUCAGCCUGUCCAUCGUGGACCUUCUAUUCCUCCUGGGGAUGCCCUUCCUCAUCCACCAGCUGCUGGGAGAGGGCUCCUGGUGUUUUGGAAGCAUCCUGUGCACAGUUAUCACUGCCCUGGACUCCAACAGCCAGACGGUCAGUACCUACAUCCUAACGGUAAUGACUCUGGACCGCUACGUUGCCACGGUGCAUCCAAUUCGCUUUAACCACAUACGGACGCCACGGGUGGCCGUGGCGAUUGUUAUAAUAGUCUGGUUACUCUCGGUCAUCUCAGUAACUCCUCUAAUCCUGUAUGCUGGACUCAUGACACUUCCCGGUGGACGAGUUGGUUGCGCCCUUCUUCUCCCAAACCCCUCCACUGACAUCUACUGGUUCACCCUCUACCAGUUUCUGCUGGUGUUCGCCCUGCCAUUGGCCAUCAUCUGCUUGGUUUUCUUCAAGAUCCUCCAGCACAUGUCCACCAACAUAGCUCCGCUGCCACCCCGGAGCCUUCAGGUGCGCACCAAGAAGGUAACCCGUAUGGCUGUGGCCAUCUGCUCGGCUUUCUUCACGUGCUGGGCUCCAUACUACAUCUUACAGUUAGUUCACCUGGGCAUCCAUCAGCCCAGCCCAGCUUUCUACUAUGCAUACAACAUAGCCAUUAGCAUGGGCUACGCUAACAGCUGCAUUAGCCCCUUCCUUUACAUCCUGCUCAGUGACCACUUCAAGAGGCAGCUCAUCAUAGCCGUCCAGCCGGUCCACAAGCGUUUCCGGGUCAACCCCAGCACGACAGAGGGCAGCAUGACCUUGCAUCUCGCUCCAGAUGGACAGAGGCAUUCACACUCAGAUGACUCUGGACAGUGAGCUGAGGAAACGCUAUAAAAGUCUUCAUGAGGAAUUCCACAGAUGCUUCGAAAUAUCUGCAUAAUUAAAUUAUUAACAUGUAAGUUAUUCAGAGUGGUUUGGUGUAAAACGCGCCUUUCAAGAGAAACAGAGUCAGAAUUGUUCAGAGUGGAGGUGAUGGGACCUAGACAAGUUAUUACAUGAGACAGUUAUUAUUACACUGCCUGAUGUUUGAGACACUGUUUUGUGAUAGUUUUGAGAAGAUUUUCUUCUUAAAAGCCAUUAAUGGUGGAUGAGUGCAUGGCGGGUGUUGAGAGGCAAAAAAAAAAAGUCGCCAAAGAAAACUUAGCAUUUGACAAUUUCCACUAUUUUACCAUCAUCAACAUUCCAUAUAAAACUCAGAAGAUACGCGCAGGUUCACUUUUGGUUUUCGAUAGAAAAUAAAAUCUGUCUAUAUUUGUUUUAUAGUGAUCGCAACCCCUGGUUUCUAUCACCACAACUGUAAAGAAAUCUGAGCCAUUUCACACCAAACCACACAGAAUCCCUCAGUUUUCUUUAUUUUGUCUCACAACACCCUGCGUGUAUCCCUGCAUCAUGAAUGGAUUUGAAAGCCAAAAUGCUCUCAAAACAUUAUUAUUAUAAAACGUCUCAGGCAUCAGGCAGUGUAUUCAUGCAAUAACUUUCUGUGAUGGAGUUUUUAGAGGUAGAUGUUUUGUUCUUAUCACCACCACUCUGAACAAUUCUGCCUCUGUAAGUUUCUCUAGUACUGAACGUUUCACACCAGACCACUCUGAGCAGCUCUGUUUACAUCUUAACCUUUUAAUUAUUCAGGACAUUUCACAGAAUUCUGUUUAAACAAGUUGAAAAAUAUUAGGUAACAGACUUCCAUUAUUCAUAAGCUACAUUGUAAGGUAAAUAAUGAAAGUUAAGACAAUAAGCAUGUGUAAUAUUCCUGUAAAGCCACUGCUGACCAGCCGCCCACUCUGGACGAUGACCACAGGGAUCUGGCUAAGUGUAAGGAAGUGUGGAAACAUUCAUAUCUGCCUGUUCUGAUUUCGGUCGUCAUGGCAGCAUAUCAUAUGCGUGUCUGAUCUAGGAGCACUUAUGACAGUGGUUCAAAUCGGAUGGCCUCCCAGCUCUAUAGUGUGAACAUGCAGUAGCUGAACACUAAUUAACAUCAUAAGGGCUGUUAGAUCUGGGCUGGGGUUAAGCUUAUUGAGGAAUGUCUAUAAGAUUAUUGAGGAAGAUCUAGAAGCUUAAUGAGGAUGAUCUUGCUGUUGUCGGAAGAAAACCUUAUAUCUCCAAAAUGAUAA